CUGGCUGGCGACUACCAACUGUCGACUGCUCCUCUCAGUCUGCCGGGCGGCCUCGCGCGCGCUUGGUUCCGUUAACGAAUCUGCGCGCCGCGUUGCGAAACGAAUCCGCGGAGUUCAUGGAGGAUCGACGAUCACGUCGUGAAUCUAUCGAGCGCCGCCGCAACGAAAGUCGUGAAUAGCUAAAGAAAGAAAUACGAUAUCUACCGACGCUGAAGACGCCGAGGUAAAUCGCGCGAGAUCCGUCCGCGUAGACUCCCGAGGGAUCCGCGAGAUCGGCCGCGCGAAAAAAGCAGUCGCGAGGCGCGGAGGGUUUAGAGCCGUGUUGCUGUCGCGAGCACACGAGGAUCCUUGAAUCGCGACUUGUGCAACGUGCGUUUCGUUUCGUAAGGCGCCCGUAUACCACGUGUCGCGAUGAUUCGCGGCUGGUUACUUCAAGUGUCGUGCUUUGAUCGAUGAACAAGGAAGGAAGCACUCGCGAGGAAGCAAGGGCGAAAAAGGGGCGAGCACAAUACACAAACGAUAUCGCUCUUACCGUUCGACACAAAGCUUUCAACCAUCCACAGGUGUUCGAAUCGAUCCAUUUUCGCGUGUCCUCGUGGACGUCGUGAUACGCAGUGAUUACAAUCUGAGGAUCGCGCGCGAAAUAUUUUUCUAUCGUUUGACGAGAUUCGAGACAUCUCAUGAGAAAAGAGGAUAUUUCACCGUCCGAAGGAGAGGCUCGUUAUCGUCGGUUUGUUUGUAAUUAAAAAAUCCUUGACACACUCGACAUGAUAAAAGGAAUUUGCGAAAUCAUUACAAGUAGAAGUCGUUAAGUUUUUCGCGAUAUUUUAAGAUAAAAAGAGAAAUAUUACGCUUAUAUACUCAUCGACGCAGACAAAUUGUUCAAAGUAUUGUAAAAUAAUUAUGUGAUUAGUAAACACUCAUUUUCGUUAGAUAAUUUUGUGAAAAAAGAUAUUGCUAGAAAAGAAAUAGGAGUGCAAAAUUUCUUGCUCAAGAUAACUCAUCGAAACACAUCCACUAGAAACAAUAUUGCACUUGGAAAAUAUGUGUAUAAACAUACAGAAACGAUGGCACUUGCUCAGCAAUAUAAGUCGCAAUAUGAUGAGAUACAUAUCGUGACUUAUUUAAAAUUCUCGCGAGUAGACGCGUCCGUUUUAAAGGAAAAAUUCCGCAUUAACGAUGGUAAUUUUUGUAUUCUAUGGCAGACGAGCACGCGCAUUUGAAAUCACGUUGACAGCGUGAGACAGGAUCCAAUUUUUAUCGAAACGCAGAAACGCAUCUCGAGCUCAGCGAAAAGACAAUUUGCAGGCGUUCAAGUAAAUAGAUCCGUUUUUUUUACGAAGGCGUGCGCGCGAUACGGAAAAACAAUAUCUGUGACAUGAGUCCCGUGGGCGAUAAGGAUAGACAGUGAUCCGAUAUUGGCGCACAGUCCACGAUAAUCCGCCGGCAGUUUGCGUUUGUGAAAACGAAGAAAUCCGAAGGACAAGAAUCGGCUCAAGCAGAUGAAAUGUGAAACACGAGGACGGCACGUCGCAGACCUGGCGGGAACGAAGGCGGAAGUUGAGAAAGCUGAGGUGAGAUUCACCGCAGGGAUAGCGGCACGUCGGGGGAGCACCUGGCGCGGGCCGCCUGAGAUGACGGCCUUGCGACAGGAUAUCACGGCAUCCCCGUAUAAAACCUUCCUCCUGGUAUCACUGAUCGGACUACUGCUCCAAAUUCAUCCGGCGACGGGCGGUAUAUGCUGGUCGUCCAUUAGUAACGGUCGGUGUAAGGAACUUCUAUCGCAAGGCGUCACAAGAGAAGACUGUUGCGCAUCUAACGCAGCAGCCGCGACUGCCUAUUCGGACGAAGAUCUGGAUAGCGGAAGUCUCUUUUUUUGGAGGGUUCUUGGUGGAGGAGUGCAGUGUCGUCCUUGUCGAGAGAGUUGCGCGGAAGUGAGGUGCGAAGAAGGAAAGAAGUGCGUGGUGCGUAGAGGAAGGCCGAGGUGCGUGUGCAGUCCGGAGUGCAAAGCACCGCGAGGCGGUGGACCGGUCUGCGGGACGGACGGCAAGAGUUACAAGAGCCUGUGCAGACUCAAAAAACGAGCUUGCAAGAAGGGCAGCCACGAACUCGCGGUUGCCUACAACGGCCACUGCCAAAGUUCGUGCGCACGGGUCCGGUGCGGCCAAGGUCGGACCUGUUUGCUGGACCAGAACCUGAGCCCUCACUGUGUGAGGUGCGCCCGCAGGUGCCCCCAGGCGCCUCCGCACCAGGUCGCCGGCGCGCGCCCCGUCUGCGGAGCCGACGGAAACACCUACAAAAGUGCCUGCCACCUGCGACUGGCCGCCUGCCGCGCGGGUCGCGCCAUUCCCGUCGCUUAUAAGGGCCAUUGCAAACAGAACGCAGACUGUACUAAAAUACGCUGUCGAGAAGGCCAAACUUGUUUGUCCGAAAUGAAGUCUGGACGACCGCGUUGCGUGACCUGCACCUAUCGUUGUCCCCGGAAGCGGGAGCGCGUCCGGAAUCGGGCGCACCGCGACAGAGAUCGAGACCGAGAUCCGUCGACGACCAUGUUGUGCGCCACAAACAAUAUCACCUAUCCCAGCUGGUGUCACAUCAUCAAGGAUGCGUGCGUUACCGGCUUCGUUCUCGAGACGCGGCACGCGGGUCCCUGCAACGCUUACGACACGGCUCCUCUUUAUAUCGAGGAAGACAACACCUCGAGCAACUACGGGGUUGAUCUAGCAGACGAAGAUACAAAAGCGGGCGAUCGCACCAAAUCUCCGUACGGCCUCCACUCUUUAGCGUUUUCAUUGAGAAAUAACCUUACUUUAGAUAAUAUUUUCAAGUACUUUAAAAUGCAUUUGAUAUCUUAUACAACGACUGUAAUUUCGUGUUUAGUAUUGUGCUACGCAUGGGAGAUACCAGAGAACUUUGCAAAAACUGAACAUUCCAACAACUGGGCAGUGUUGGUGGAUACGUCACGUUUCUGGUUUAACUACCGACACGUUGCAAAUGUUUUAUCUAUUUAUCGAAGUGUCAAACGUUUAGGGAUACCAGAUUCACAAAUCAUCCUUAUGAUAGCAGAUGAUAUGGCAUGCAAUCCUAGAAAUCCUAGACCAGCAACUGUGUUCAACAACAUUAAGCAACACAUUAAUGUUUACGGAGAUGAUGUAGAAGUUGAUUACAGAGGCUACGAAGUAACUGUAGAAAAUUUUGUGAGAUUAUUGACUGGUCGUUUAGCACAGGAAACUCCAAGAUCCAAAAAAUUAUUGACCGAUGAAGGUUCAAAUAUAUUAAUAUAUUUAACUGGUCAUGGUGGCAAUGUCUUAAAGUUCCAAGAUUCUGAAGAAAUUACUAGUCAAGAGUUAGGAGAUGCAUUAGAGCAAAUGUGGCAGAAGCGAAGAUAUCAUGAAAUCUUAUUUGUGGUUGAUACUUGCCAGGCAAGCUCAAUGUAUGAGAAAUUUUAUUCUCCCAACAUAUUAGCAGUUGCUUCUAGCUUAGUAGGAGAAGAUUCACUUUCACAUCAUGUUGAUCCUGCCAUCGGUGUCUACAUUAUAGAUCGGUAUACGUAUUACGCAUUAAACUUCCUGGAAAAGGUAGAACCAUCUAGUACAAAAACAUUGGGUGAAUUUUUAAAAGUAUGCCCAAGAGAUUAUUGUUUAUCUACAGUGGGUGUAAGGAGGGAUUUGUUUAGAAGAGAUCCAGAUAAAGUGCCAGUAACAGAUUUCUUUGGAUCACUUAGGCCAGUGGAACUUACGACAAACAUAAUCAAUGUUUUAUCAGUAAAAUCCAAUCGUACAAAAUCAGAAAAGGAACCAAAAAGAAAAUAUAGUUAUGUUGCACAAUUUCCAGAUAUAUCCCAAUAUACAUGGCGCAUAUUUUAUUGCAUCUUAUGGUUUUUAAUGUCCACUGUGGCACACACAUUCGUAACGGUUCCGAAAUUCAGAGAAGUGCACGAGCUGAAUUUUGAGGAACUACCAGCCGUGGACCAAUUGGCACCGAAGGACCCUGCCUUACAUGCAUUCCCAACUGUUCCAGCAGUCCCACUAUUGCCGAACUGCAUGAAGCAAGGCUAUUUAAGAGACCCGUUCAACUGCGGCAAGUUUUAUCGUUGCAAAUAUGAACGUGACAUACCAUUAGCGUACUAUUGUCAAUCGGGAUUAAUAUUCAACACGAUUACAGAAUCGUGCGAUCAGCCACAAAAUGGGCAGUGUUGAUACUAACAUACAUAAGAUGGAUAUAUAUUACUAAAUCUUCUAAUAUAUAUAAUAGAUUCUGUAGAUUAGGAAUUUUAACUUUAAAGCUUUUGACAUGUUACAUUAAACGCAAAGCGUUUAUAAUAUGAAAAAAGAUUAACUCGUGA